AUGGUUCGACCUAUAUCUGUGAAGAUGGAGGGUGGUCCGAGGCCCAUGUCAGCAGAAAAGCCGGUGGACAUCGUCUGCAAGAGUGCCGGAUCCAAACCACCGGCGGUCAUCUCCUGGUGGAUGGGCAGCACUCGCCUGAAGCACAACAAGGACACGGUUUCGGCAGACGGGAACUUCACCAGCAGCGUCCUCACCUUCCGACCCUCCAUCGAUGACAACGGAAAGCAACUAACCUGCAGGGCCGAGAACCCUCUCAUAGCUGGGUCCGCUCUAGAUGACACCUGGGACCUAGAAAUUCAUUAUGUUCCUCAACUUGUCCUCCGACUUGGAAGCAAACUUCGUCACUUCCGGAUACAAGAAGGAAAUGACGUAUAUAUGGAAUGUGACAUCCGUGCUAACCCAUGGGUGACAGAGAUUGGCUGGACCUUUGAAGGACGGGAAUUACACACCAAUGUCUCGGCAGGACUUAUAAUCAGUAAUCAAUCAUUAGUUUUGCAAAGAGUCCAGAGGACAAACAGAGGUCACUACACGUGUUCUGCAUCCAAUUCCGAAGGCAUAGGAGAAAGCAAGCCUCUAUAUCUCUCUAUUCAAUACUCUCCCGUGUGCGUGCCCGGUCAAAAGAUCCUGUACGGGGCAACGCGUCAUGAGGAAGUGAAGGUGGUCUGUGAAGUGGACGCCGACCCCACAGAUGUCUCAUUCCACUGGAGUUUCAACAAGAGCGGCGAAAACAUAGAGGACGUUCCUUUCGUGAGUGAAGGAACGCGAAGCACUGCGACUGUAACUGCUAAGACCGAUUACGACUAUGGGACUCUUACAUGCACCGGAAGUAACAGUGUCGGCCUGCAGAAAGAACCUUGUGUUUACACGGUUAUCACAGCAGGUCCUCCAGACCCCGUCCAGAACUGUACGCUCAUGAACAUAACGCAGCACUCUUUCAGACUGGAGUGCACGGAAGGAUCGAACGGGGGUCUCCGGCAGCACUUCGUGAUGGAAGUGCACGACACUCAGCUGCACAGGCUGCGCGCCAACCACACCUCCGACAGCCCCGUCUUCCAGGUGCGCGACCUUCCCCCCGACACGGGCUUCGUGGUCGUCGUCUACGCCGCCAACGCCAAGGGGAGAAGCCAGGCGGUCGUGCUGAGGGUCAACACGCAGAACAACAAACAGCCGGAUCACCGGAAAGGCAGUCGAUGGCAAUUGACGUCGCAGGUGAUGGUGGUCAUUCUGUCAGCAGUGGUACUGGUCAUCCUACUCACCGGGAUAGCCGUCAUACUUAUAAGGAAGACAAGGAGAAGAAUGCACGACCAAAAGAGUGAGUACAGGAUUCACAUUUGA